AUGGUUGUGAUUCGCGUUGAAGAAUUCGCGAAAGUGCAGGUCAUCUCAGAUGGCACUAGUCAUGUUCCUUCAUUAAGAACAUGUCAGCGGCCAGUUCAAGAUUAUGCAUACGCAUCGAAUAAAACGAACCAGAAGAGUUAUUAUAAAAAUCGCCGUAAUUCAUCCGUACGUUCACUUCAAUCGAUGGGUGCUUCAACAUCGGAUUAUAAUCACGAACCUUCACGAGUUACUUCGCUGAAGCGACAACUCUCAUUUUCAGCUGCUAUUUCAACGGCUGAACAUCAAGAUGAUACUAUUAAUUCGCAAUCAUUUUCAGGUAUUUCGAACUUGGGUAACACGUGCUACAUGAAUUCGGUUCUUCAGUGUCUAUCUGCAUGCUCCCAGUUAUCACAUUAUUUUUUAUCAAAUGAAUUUUUGAAUAAUCUUCGUCAAGUAGAAUGUGUUGAUUGCACGAAUGAGAGGAAAAUAUUACAGAGUAAAACUCGUGCACAGCUUGAAAAUAGUGAGCAUUAUGGAACGGGUGGUGCACUGACGGAAGUAUUCGCAGAUACAAUCAAAUCGUUAUGGUCGAAUGAUAUCGAUGAACGAACUGUUCGCCAUUUUCAUGAAGUUGUGUGUCGAUUCAACAAUGAAUAUGGAACAUUUAAACAGCAGGUUAUUCCUUUUUUCUUUUGUUAUAUUCUCUGUGUUUUGAAGGAUGCACAAGAGUUUUUAAUGUGGUUAUUGGAUAAAAUACAUGAGGAUCUCAAUACUGCAAUCAAACGCCUUUAUAAAGAUAUUACGGUGUAUGGAUCUGAAAAAGAUAAAGCCGAAAGCAGUCGUAGCAAUCAUCUUCAAGCACAUUGUUCCAUCAUUAUUAGACUGUUCAGUGCGCAGUUCCGCUCGAGCAUUUACUGUCCACGAUGUCAUACGGAGGCACUCAUAUUCGACCCGUAUAUGUGUGUUUCUCUGCAGAUCCCGCAAGAGUACGUCAUCUUAUGUAUUUCUUUAAAGAAAAAAACACGUACUUGUGCGGCACAAAAUCCUAAGCUUAUCAUUUGUGAAUUGGAUGAAUCUGGUUAUUGUAAAUUAAUGUCAAAUGAGGCAUCAAUAGAAAGUUUGCAUUCCGACAAAUUAAGUGCAGUUGAAAUGCCCGAAUUUUAUCCGUCAUCUUCCGAUCCAGUUUCGACCGAAUUCGUUAAUGUCAUAUUUUCGAUAAUCGAAGUUCAUUCGCGUCUUGAUCGAAAGCAAGAGCAACGUGCCAUAACAAUGAAUCAAAACUUGACCGAUAUUGCUGUUGUUCAGUUACGCUUUGAAGUUACGGAUCAAUUUAUAACGAAUUUCAUGGUCUCUGAACCUGAACGUGUUUUAGUGGAUUCUUCAAGUGAUAGUCUAAAAGAAACUAGUCAGUCAACAGCGCUGACAUUAACUAAGUGCUUGGAUUUUGACAAUUUUCAGGAAUUCACACGCCCAGAGUUGAUUGAAUGGAAGUGUGAAAACUGUGGUUGGAAUAAAGGAGAAAAGAAAAUGAAAUUCCGUUCAUUGCCACGUGUUCUUGUGUUUCAUUUGAAAAGAUUUCGACGGGUAGUCUUUAUGGGUGAUGGUAGGAUGCUGAAGCUAGAUCGAGCGAUACACUUUCCAACUGAAGGACUCGAUAUGUCACCUUAUGUGCAUUCUUCUUCAAAUGAUCUUCAUAGUAUUCAUUCGUGUCUUUAUUUACUUUCAGUUAAAUCGCUUUUAUUUAAGAAACCAUUCAAAACUGACCGCUAUAAUAUGCAAUAUUCGGAUGGUGAAAUGCAUUUAUCAAAUUCAAGUAGCUGUUGGGACAGUGGAAGUUUAAGAGAUGAAUGUUAUUCAAGCGAUGAUUGCUUGUAUGAUUUGUUUGCUGUUGUUCAUCAUAUUGGAGGCACGAUAAACGCAGGCCAUUAUACGGCAAGUACACGAAAUGCUGUUGAUUCGAAGUGGAGAGCUUAUGAUGAUUGUUUUGUGCGUAUUGUGAAUCCAAAUGAUAUUGCGAAAUGCAGUGAUGCAUAUCUGCUGUUUUAUGAGAGACGCAUCAAUCGAAAACACACACCAAGCAUUCAUACAGGUUCUUUCAUUAAUUUCCAUCUCCUGUACCACUGCUUUUUAUUGGCACGAUUUGCCUAUUAG